AUGCAAAGACCCACCAGGCCGUCACAAGUAGAUCUUUGUUCACACCGUAUGGUCUCUGGAAUGCCAAGAACAUCUGCGAGUAUGGGAAUGUCUCUUUUUCAAAAUCUGAACUCUGACAGACACUCGGACUCGGUUAUCUCAUCCAGGUUGAACCGUGAAUAAUCUUCGUACGGAAAGCAGGGAUUUUUCCAUUCGAAAAGGUCAGACAACACUAAAAAUUCUUCAUCAUCAAUGAAAUUAGACUGAUGGCUCAAAAAAAGAAGAUCUUGCAUUGUUUUAAAAGACGCCAUUGCGAAAAAACUUUGUCGCGAACGAACAGUUUUGUGUUAACAUUCAGUGCCGUCGUCGUCCUACCGACCGACUGUAUCUUGAGUUUCCUAUUUCCCGCCGAAACUGAAGUUUCUCGUUCCAGUGCUUUCCCGGUCAACAGACGUCGUCGUCGCAAACUUCGUCGUGGUUGUUAAGUUCCCGCCGGACCAAACUGCAGAACAAUCGAGCAACAACUAGAGGAAAUACGACAAGAAAUCAGCGCAUUAAAAGAAAAUUAAAUAAAACUCCUGGGUCCGGUAACGGAAAAGGUUUGUAACAGCAACUUAAUUUGUACUACAAAUGAGGAAAGUGGAUCAUCGUCACCAAUAUCUCACUAACAUACCGUCAAAACCCCUCGAAAAAUGUCACGGAAAUACGUUUCUUAUUUUACUAUAUAAUGAGUUCUUAAAACAAAUUUUAUGGGUCAAGUAGAUCCUCCUUUAUUAUUGUAUAGAUCCAAGCAAAAUCCAAAAUAGAGGGAGGGCUAAGUUUAAAUGUUUUUAAAAUACUGAGUCUAAUACAUUAUAGGUCAGCUUUUGUGUCACUUUUUUUUUAUUAAAUUUACCAACUCUUAUUUUGGGUUAACUACUUAUCUCGAAGAAAACCGCGAAGAAAUAUUAGCCAAAAACUAAUUACGGCAUCGAAUGAUCAUUUUAUUUUCAGUUCACAAGAACUGCGCUGAAGUCUACAAGUCCGGUGACAAGAACAGUAGAGUGUAUAAAAUCAAUCCUGGGCGAAUUUGAAGUGUUUUGUGAUCAGAAAACAGCCGGUGGAGGUUGGACGGUGUUUCAGAAGAGGCGAGAUGGCUCUGUUGAUUUCUUCCGCGCUUGGGAUGAUUACAAACGCGGUUUUGGUAAUCUGAACGGUGAGUUUAAACUCGGUUUGGACAAGAUGCAUUGUCUGAUUCUAAGCGGUGGUUAUAAACUCCGCGACUUGGAAGACAAUCAUGGAAAUACCGCAUUUGCA